CAGAUCCUGAAGCUGCUCCCGCGGCUGCAACGGCUCACGGAGAGUGGGACCAAAGAGUUGGCCAUGCUGAUGUGGCAUAAACGUCUGCAGAACGUGGCAGGGUUCAUCGAUGAUGAAGGCAUCGGCGAAUUGUCCGACGAACAGAUGGACUUUUUCACCGCGGCUUUAAGAUUGGAAUUUCCGAAGCCACAAGAAGAGGACAAGAUGAAGCGCCUCACCUGGUUCUUGGAGAAACUUCAAGGGUCGACCUAUGCCACAGCCCUUAGGAGCUGGGGUCAAACCCUCAUACCUUGGUGUAGAUCUACUAAGGUGGAAGAGGCGGACUUCAGCCGCUAUAGUUUGGAGAUUCGCUCCUGCUGGGACAUGGACAUGGGCCAGAGAGCUUUCCGCCGUUGUUUGGAUGAUAUCACCACCAUGAAGGCAUCCUGUACAGUGCUCUACCAGUCCAUGCUGGGGUUGAUCCUGAAGAUUUGUAUCAUUGUAUUGGCUUUGCUGCUCAUGCUGCAGUUCGUCAGUGGUUCACUACCAGAGAUCGCCCGGAAGCAGGCCAUCGCUCAGCUGGAGGUCAUUGAUGCUGAGAGCCCAGCGAGCCAAGAAUCGGAUCUGAUCCUCUGCGAGAUGAUCCAGAACCAUUUCGCGGAAUCUUUCCCUCGCUGUAGCCUGGUGCUGCUGGUGAUCAACCAACGGGUGCUGUGGAACGAGACGUGCAGGUGCUGCGGUGGCAUGUACAGGUCCUUGCUCGACGAGCCGGAGGCCUUAUCCUUGAUCGAGGAUACGAUCGACCUCACAGGUUUCGAGAUCCAUGAGACUCUCCUGGAACAGGUGCAGUUGGGCAACUUCGAGACCUUCGCUGUGUUCGACAUCCACGAGGAAUCUCGCUACGAAGCGUCCGAAAGCUUGAAGUUCACACUGUCAGUGGUGGCGAUGCUGGCCAUUUUGAUGUUCUACUUUUCUGCAGACAUCAUGCACAUGUCCAGCAACAACUGCCUCCAUCCCUUGUGGGACUUGAUGGACGACAUGAACGCCAUGAAACUCAUCGAGCUCAUUACGGCCAGCUCGUCCUUCAGAAAGCUGGAACCAGUGCAGGAGGCUGCGGAGGAAGAUGCUGAGACCAGG